AACAUUUACAAAUUACUUAUCUAAUUCUCUGUUCUAGUGAAUUAAUUAGUCAUCUUAAUUCGCUUCAAGGAAUAACUUACGGUCCUCAUGAAAACAUUGCCAUUACUCACAAGCGAAGUAAAUACUUGGGAGAAAUAGUGAAACAACGGCUAUUAAUCGGGUCUUAUUUUUUAGAAAACCAAGAAUUAUUUGUCAAGGCUCAAAAAAUGCGUUAUUUAGUAGAUAACACUGCUCCACCGGCGGCUAAUUUUAAUCAUUCUUUCGCUGGAUUAAUAUCUUCUCAUUGGAGCGAUAAUUUAUUGCUUUUAGCCAAUUUCGCUGGUUUACCCUCUUUAAGUUUGCCUAUUGGUUUUGUUAAUGGUUUGCCGGUUAGCAUUAAUAUAAAUAGCGGUUAUGGAAAUGACAAAAAAGUUUUAGAAUUGGCCGAAGAGUUGGAAAAAUAA